CACCCCGCAGUGCGCGCUUUAGGACCCAGUGGGAUAGCCGCGGGAUCCUGGAGUGGGCGUGGUGGCCAUUGUGACGUCAAGGGGCGGGGCUUCCUCUGGCUGGGACUGAGGGACAGAAGGACCGACUGGCGCGGCGUGGCUGGUCGGGAUGGUGGCUGACUGCGCAGGAUAGUGGCGGCCAUGUGGAGGUGACAGCCUGUGGACUCAGGGAUCGCAAAGGAGCUUGGACCAGGUGGACGGCUCUGGCUGGCAUAGCGACCUCGGUGCUGGCGAUGGAAGCGGAAGGCUUGGGUUGGCUUCUGGUCCCGCUGCACCAGCUGGUUUCCUGGGUGGCCGCCGGGGCUAUGGUCUUCGGAGGGGUGGUGCCAUACAUCCCCCAGUACAGGGACAUCCGGAGGACUCAGAACGCCGACGGUUUCUCCACUCACGUGUGCCUGGUGUUACUGGUGGCCAAUAUUUUACGGAUACUCUUCUGGUUCGGAAGGCACUUCGAGUCCCCGCUCCUGUGGCAGAGCAUAGUGAUGAUCCUGACCAUGCUGCUGAUGCUGAAACUCUGCACCGAGGUCCGAGUGGCCAACGAGUUGAACAUUAAGCGGCGCUCCUUCUCAGCCACAGACAGUGAGGGUGAAGAACUCAAAGCCCCCCCCAGGCGGCCCUACCUGGACUUUGAUACUCACCAUUUCUGGCACUGGAGCAGCUUUGCCGACUACGUGCAGUGUGUCCUGGCCUUCACGGGUGUGGCAGGCUAUGUCACCUACCUGUCCAUCGACUCGGCUCUGUUUGUGGAGACGCUGGGUUUCCUGGCUGUGCUGACCGAGGCCAUGCUGGGCGUGCCACAGCUGUACCGAAACUACCGUCACCGCUCCACGGAGGGCAUGAGCCUCAAGAUGGUGCUCAUGUGGACAAGUGGUGACACCUUCAAGACGGCCUACUUCUUGCUCAACGGUGCACCCCUGCAGUUCUCAGUCUGUGGUCUGCUGCAGGUCAUGGUGGACCUGGCUAUCCUGGGGCAGGCCUAUGCCUUUGCUCACCACCCCCAGAAGCCAGCACCUCAUGCAGUGCACCCUGUCAGUGCCAAGGCCCUCUGAGAGGCAUGGAGGGAAGGCAAGGCCGUGCGACCAAUCAGCCGUAGGAGCUGAGCCCCAGCCUAUGCCUCUGCAUUAGGGAGGCUAGCCCUGUGCACUCCACAGAUGAUCAGGCCGGGUGUGGGCAGAGAGAUGAAGUGGACUGCUUGUCCCCAUAGCCUUCAGGUGGAGUACCCUGAGACAGUGGAGCUAGGACUGGCUCUGUGGUGUUUUCAAGGAAAAGGCAGGUGUCUCCUUCAGAAAAACACUGAUCCGACCCUGAAAUAGGUCCAUGCAACCGAGCAAGAGGGCAGGCCCAGCCGGUUUCCCUCAGUGAGCCUCUGGUCUCCUAGAAGAGCCCGUGGCACUCUAGACUGUGCAGUCAUGGCUGCUGGUGGCUUGUCUGCCCUCCUGCUCUGUUCUGUCCUCCCCUGUGGGUACCGCGGGUGUGUCUGCCGCACCUGGUGGAGAUGGAAGCUGCUGGCCUGACACUGGUCACUGUAUUUUGCCCUCUUUCUGCUCAUCAUGAGAUCAUGUAUUCUUGGCAGCCUUGUGCUGACCUGGCUGGUUCCUGGGUCCAGAAUGUUCUAGAUGCUUCUACAUAACAGUUUCUUCCCUUCUGCUGGGCAGAAGGUCUUCUUGUGCACACAGUGAUGCCAUCCACAGUCAGCACAAUAGCUCUGGCAAUCAUGGUGGCUCACCGGAUGGCUGAAGAGUCCCUCAGAUAUUCUAAGUGUGUGAGUGAGAUUCUUGCUUACUCUCUGGCCUGUAAGAUGCUUGCAAGAUGUUUAUUUUUUAAAGAUGAAAAUGUCUGUAGUGGUAAUUACCUCCAAAGUAAAUGCCAUCAGUUGCAGGCCCAGCUGCUGAAUGAA